AUGCGAUCCCACCUCAAAAUUAUCGAUCUCUCCAACACAUCCAAAGUAUACCAUGCUCCGGCCACUAUCACAGCCCCAAAUACCAGGCUCGUUCACAUAUCUGGCCAAGCCGGUGCCACCAAAUCUGGCUAUGUACCGGCCGACUACGAAUCCCAGAUUCACCUCGCACUUCUCAACCUGCGGCGCUUGAUUAUCGCAUCUGGAGCUAAGGUCAAAGACAUUGCCAAAUUGACAGUAUAUAUUGUCAAUUAUGACCCAAGACUUCGAAAGCAUGUACGCCCAAUCCGGCGCUUCCUUGGGGGUCACAGACCCGCAAUGACAUUGGUUCCGGUCACCCAGUUAGCGGUGCCUACAUGGCUGUUUGAGGUGGAUGCGCUCAUUGCUUGUCCGCCUCUAGCCCAGUCUAUCCCCCGAGCGCUGACAAGCGGAUCUCGAACUGAGAGCUACGACGUCGUCAUCAUUGGUGCUGGCUUGGCUGGAUUGACGGCCGCCCAGGAGCUCUCUCGAGGCGGUCUAUCUUGUGUGGUCCUCGAGGCGCGCGACCGUGUCGGAGGCAAGACUUGGAGUCAGCCUAUGGCUAGCGGUCGUGGCAUUCUCGAACUUGGUGCCGGCUGGAUCAAUGAUGUCAAUCAAACGCGCAUGAUUGGUCUUGCGCGGAAGUUUGAACUGGAACUCAUUGAGCAGAACACAACUGGAGACUGCGCGAUCCAAGACCUAGAUGGUAGUAUCUCGGCUUUCGCAUAUGGUGAAAUUCCCAAGUUUGACCCGGCCUCCAUCGAAGAUGUUAUCCGAAUCCGCGAUACGGCCGAGGCAGACUGCCAGGCUGUUGAUAUCUUCAACCCCCGAGACACACGUCUUGACAGCAUGACAUUUGAAGCUUAUCUACGAUCCAAGAAUGCGUCUGACAAGGCACUCUGGACCGCAACGGUCUGGACUCGAGCGAUGCUAGGUGUUGAUCCCCGUGAUCUUUCGGCCCUCUUCUUCCUCAACUACUGCAAGUCUGGUGGUGGUCUGCUGCAGAUGCGAUCAGACCGCAAAGGAGGCGGUCAGCAUCUGCGCAUUCGACAGGGAACGCAAUCAUUCUCCAAGAAGCUAGCAGAAACUCUUGUGCCAAACACUGUUCGACUCAAUACUGCGGUCAAGCAUAUUCGCCAAGAGAGUCCUGUUGUCGACGUCAUCGCUGAAAAUGGCAGUGUAUACCGUGCACGCAAAGUUAUAACGACUGUCCCCAGCCCUGUUCUAAAGACAAUUUCCUUUGAACCUGCCCUUCAUCCCCUCAAGCUUGCUUGGUCGGAGUCUGCAAGCUAUGGCUACUAUAGCAAAGCUAUGAUGGUAUUCAAAGCCCCUUUUUGGAUACCUAAAGGCUUCUGUGGUCUUGCGCAGUCAUUCACUGGUCCUGCGGCGGUUGUUCGCGAUUCAUGCAGUCCAGCUGAUGAGGAAUAUGCCCUCACAUGCUUCAUGUGUGGUCCCCCAGCCCAAGAAUGGGCUGCCCUUCCUCAGCCGGAGCGCCAGGAGAAACUUCUUGCUCAACUGGGUGCACUUUUUGAAGCUGAGGACACCAUUAAGCAGGACUUUGUGGAGAUGGUUAUGUACGAGUGGAGCAAUGAUGAGCUGGCCGGCUAUGGCUGUCCAUGUGCUCAUCUGACCCCUGGCGUUCUGGAGUCGCUCGGUCCCAACGCACUCCGUGAGCCAACGGGUGACUUGCAUUUCGCUGGCACUGAGACUGCUGGUGAAUGGAAGGGCUAUAUGGAAGGUGCUGUUCGUAGUGGCGAAAGGGUUGCCAAGGAGGUUGUCGAUGACUUGAAGUUGAGCUUGUCAGCACGGCUAUAG